UCACUCCCAGCACACGCACCCAAUCAGGCCAUGGUUUCACCCAUGGAGCCACGGCCACACAGAGACGAAGGGGCAGGAGAGAGAGCUGCUAGCUGAACGGCUUGUGCUUCCGGAGGUGCCAACUAUCCGCAAUCCGACCGGAGGUGUGCGUGCGUUUGUCUGCGGCACAAAGGUGCUUUAGGAGACGCUCAUCCGUCCCGGUACUAGGUGAAGGUGUGAAGGGAGGACUAUAACAAGGAGAGAAGCCUUUGAUUGGCACAGAUAAAGUGCAAAAGAUGUCAUGACUCUCUUCACCAGACAAAUGAAGAUGAACAUAAAUGUGAGGAUGAACACACUUCUAAUCGUAUGUGGCUGCCUUUGCCUCUCUUUAACAGGAGCCUCAGAAACAGAGCGAAGGCUCCAUCAGAAGAUAUUUCACAACUACAACAUGAAAGUCCGACCGGCUCGUUCCUGGGAGGAGAAGGUGAUGGUUCGGGUGGGGAUGACCCUCUCCCAGCUGGUCAGCUUGAAUGAGAAAAACGAGGAAAUGACAACCAACGUGUUCAUGAAUCUGGCAUGGACAGACUACCGGCUGUCAUGGAACCCAGCAGAAUAUGACAACAUUGAUGUUCUGAGAAUUCCUCCCAGCAAGGUGUGGCGUCCCGACAUCUACCUCAUAAACAAUAACGACGGUCAGUUUGACGUGGCUCUCUAUGUCAACGUCUUGGUUUUCAGUGAUGGGACGGUCAACUGGCUUCCACCCGCCAUCUACCGAAGUUCCUGCUCUAUAGAGGUGGCGUAUUUCCCGUUUGACUGGCAAAACUGCAGUAUGGUUUUCCGCUCGUACACCUACGAUGCCUCUGAGGUCGACCUGCAGUACUUUCUAGAUGAUGAUGGCAAAGAGAUCCAGGAGAUUGUUAUAGAUAAGAAUGCAUUCACUGAGAAUGGAGAAUGGGCCAUAUGCCACAAACCAUCACGGAAGAAUGUCAAGGAGGACCUGUAUGAGGACAUCACCUUCUAUCUCAUCAUACAGAGGAAGCCUCUUUUCUACAUCAUCAACAUCAUCGUGCCCUGCAUCCUCACCAGCGUGUUGGCUAUAUUUGUCUUCUACCUGCCUCCCGGAGCAGGGGAGAAGAUGACUCUCUCCAUUUCUGUCCUCAUCGCUCUGACUGUCUUCAUGCUGCUGCUGGCUGACAAGGUCCCUGAGACUUCCCUCGGCAUCCCAAUCAUUGUCAACUACGUCAUGUUCACCAUGAUCCUGGUCACGUUCUCUGUCAUCCUGAGCGUCGUCGUCCUCAACCUUCACCACCGGACGCCCAGCACACACAUCAUGCCAAACUGGGUUCGAAAGGUGUUCAUUCACUUCCUUCCCAAAUACAUUGGCAUGAUGAGGCCGAACCCAGAGGAGCCUAUGUUGAAGGAGGACUCUAGUGAGGACACACCUAUCCGAAGCUACAAUGGACGACAACCUGGAGGAGAAUACUUCUUUCGCAAGAUCAACCCUGAUCUUGUCAUACCUUGGAGAGGAAGGUGUGAGAGCACAGUGCAGCUCCAGCAGCUCCCCAACACCGACAGCUUCUGCCUGAUCCUCCCUCCCAACCUGAAGUCAGCCAUCGCCGCUGUGACAUACAUGGCCGAGCAGCUGAAGAAGCAGGACACGGACGACACAAUGACAGGAGACUGGCAGUUCAUCGCCCUGGUGGUGGACCGUCUCUUCUUGUGGUUGUUUGUCAUCAUCACCACCCUGGGAACCCUCGCCAUGUUCUUGGACGCCAGCUUCAAUUACACACCUGACGACCCCUUCCCAUAGCGGACAACACACUCACACACACACACAGCUUGACACAUGGUGUGGUUGUCACUUUACGUCUUCUCGGUGCUUCACCAGAUCUGACUUUCCAUGAGCAACUAUUCCAUAUGUCGGUGGUAAUGUUUUGUAACGUACAUGCCCACAGGCCUGACACACAGCUGACAUGCUCACACAAUCCACGUAUGUAGAUUUAUAGGGUAGGACACUCCGUGGUUUUGCAUUACUUUGAUUUAAAUACUCUAUUUAACGCAUUGUGAUCUUCGUUGUUUGAGUCUAAAGACUUGAAAUACAUGUUUCUCAAAAGUGGCUUUUUGUUUUAUUCGAUGUCGAGCAUGAGCUUGGCACGGAGCAGUGGUCAUUUUAGUGGUUGUAAUGUUGAAGUAGAGGCAGUAGGGGGCAGUGACAUGAUGCUAAAUUAUAAGAUGACAUCCCUGCAGUUGCAAUGACUUUUAAUACAAAACGAAAAUGAAGAGCCCAAACACUUUAACAGUUCAUAAAACAUGCUUAAAAAUCUUCUUCUUCUUGGAAUCUCAGACACCCCUGCAGUGAAAUACGACCAAAUCCAACAGAUUUCUGUAGGAUUAGUGUUGACCAAAGCAUUUUACAGAGUGCUACUGUCCCAAAUUCCAAAUAAGUGUAUUACUACGAUUUAAUAAUGCAUCUCCAAAACAUGAUUGUGUCAAAACUCUUCAUUUCUGUGUUCUGUCACCUUCAUCAUACUUAUAAAUCCAAUUUUUUUUGGAAAGCUAAAGAUUAUCCCUUCAUUACUUUUCCACAUUUGGUGCAGCUGUGGCUCAGGUGGUAGAGCGCAUUUCCCACUAAUCUCAGCUUGAUCCCCAGACCCUCCAUGUGCCGAAGGGGAAAGACACUGAAGCCCAAGUUGCUCUCGAUGGCAGGUGUGCACCUCGAGUGUGUGUUUGUAAACGGUGGAUGGUAGUUUAAGCACUUUGUAGAACUUUGCUAGGGUAAAUAGUGCUAUUUAAGUGCAUUUGCAGGUCAUAUUUGAAAAGAGAGACUAUAUGUAAAUGGAGCUUUUAUUUUCUUGACAUUUUUGAGCCACCAUUUAGUGGCUUUUCUUUCACACUUGUCUCUUAAUAAGUCAGAUAUCUGAGGAUUGGGUUCAUUUUCAGUGAGCAAAAAUGUUAAUGUGUGGCUGAAACAAAGAAGGGAGCCUUUAGUUAGAGCAGAGUACAAACUGUUUCAGGAGUUACUUGUAUCAUUUAAAGACAUCGUCCAAUGAAAAUCACGGUUUUUAGGUUUUUGAAAUGCAUAUCAACACAUUAGGAGUGAAAUAAGUGGUCAAAACAGGAACAGUUUCUAUCAUGUGGCUGAAAUAUUCCAGUAUUUAACUUGCUAUUGUGUAGCAUAGAGUAGUUUUACAGUGUUUGAGCAUAGCCAGUGGUGAGCUAGUGUGCUUGAGCUGCAGAAAGUGAUGGAGAGAAGGAUGAAGAGAGACAGGCGGGAACUUCAUAGAUCUGCACAUUCUAGAGAAAGCACCUGUGCAGAGUUUAAUCUAAACUAUUUUUAAACAGGAAUGAAUGGCUUUAAUGAAGGAUAAAACUUCUAAAUGUGUAAGUUUGAUUUAAACAUUGCCCAGAGAGGGACUUUCAUUUGGUUUUCAUGUGAGUUGCAUGCAGGGUAAAUACAGGAGUGAGGACCUGGUGGGGGGGGACAGGCUCCUGUGAAAUCUGAUUGGUCAUUAGUUAAUAGUAGUAGUUAGGUUGUAUCCAUAAAAACUGCAAAAAAAAACAAACAAACAACUAAAACAGAUGCAAAACAACUGAAAACAGAUAUGAAAUGAACGCAGCAUCAAAAUGGUUUUGUUCUGCAAAACAAGUUGUAGAAAAAGAAGCAAAAUGAGACCUAAACUUCCAAACAAAAUUACUUUAAUGAGUUCAAAAAUGACGGUUGAACUGUAAGUAAAAGAACAAGAAGCAGGGCUUUAAAUUUCUAAUAAAUACAUCUUCACCUAUUUUUUUCACCCCAAUUUGCCACUUUUUAUUUGAGUCUCUUCACAUCUGAUUAGCGUACAUUCCACAGUUCCACUGUAGCCAUUUUCAUGCUCACUGAUGUGCAGCAUGAAGCCACUGACUGUGUGAUUGUGUUCAUUGUGCCCAAACUGUGCAAAUAUGUUUCUCCCCUGUAUGUAGCACUUGCCAAGCUCUUAGGAGAAAAGAGCCUCUCUCUCUCUCUCUCUCUCUCUCUCUCCCUGAGACGCCAGACGAGAAGAAUGAGUCCACAAGACCAAGAACGCAAUCUAUAAUUGGUCUUCUCCUGCUGCUGCACAAAAGCCAAGUGUUGUUGCGUAAGAAGAAUGAAGGUGGAGAAGACGGGGGACAUGGAGAGAAGGGCGCCAUCCUCCUCAUUUGUGGAGCUUUUUCAGGGAAAAGCCGCGGCGGGCACAGUGUGUUUUAUUGCUAAUGCCUCAGUGACUUCCAAGGGCACUUAAAGGACUUCAAUCAUUGGAUUUGCACUGCACUUGCUCACUUCAGACCCAGAGGAGGCCUCAGAGGCGGGAGGGAGAGCCCCUGAGAGAAUGUUGUUAGUGCCCUUCUUUAGGCUGAUUUAGCUGUUUUUCUUCUUCACCUCCUAUUGAGUGUUGAGCAACGGCUAAACCAGCAAGACGAAUGUGUGUUUACGCUUUGAAAAAAAAAGAAAAAGGGAAAGGGGAGAGAGAGCAAAGGGGGAGAAAGAGCAAUGUUCCUACUGUGUUCCUCACAAUCUGGGUGGAAACGCAGCAAAGAGGACAUCAUAUAAAUCAGGUUACCAGUAGCAACAGCACUGGUAGGCCUUAGAUUGGCCCCGAUCUUCUUCCUGCUCAUCUCCCACUGAUCAAACAGCUUUCUAUUCACCUUUCGUACCUUCAGAUGUCUUGUUCGGUUCAUCUUUCAACCUCUAAGCCAUCAUCCUCCUCCUCAUCAUCAACUUCUGCAUCAAAGAGAAACAAAUUCCAGCUACAGGGUCAUUCUUCCCUAGCAACAAUGGGGCAUUUGUUGGCCUCAAUGGCAAAGACUUGAGGCCUGUUACCCAAGCAUGCAUACAGUAAAGGAGAAAAGAGUUAUGGUGAGAGGAGAAGGGUUCGAAAGUGGACGAAAAGGGCAGGAACGUGAGAAAAUGGGCGAAGGCGGAGGAGACGGUUGAAGAACAGGACUGUGAGAACAAGCCGGCAAAGCCUCAUUACAUGUUAAAUGGGUAAUCCAGCCAGUAGGUGAGCACAUUCCCAUUAACCUGGCAGUGGGGAGAACUUCCUCCAGGCUUAUUACUUCCUCUCCCUUUGCUGUGGGACUAUUGUUUAGCAGCAGUGUGAAGUCACACACACUGCAGCGCCAAGCCUGACCUCUGACAUGGACAAUGCUCGCUAUUGUCUCGUAGUUUUUGCCUAUUCAUAGCACGAGGUCGCUACAACUGGUGUAGUAAUAGAGCAAAGGCAUUGUAACGUAUUCUGAACCAUUACAGGCACCUACUGGGUGUGGCUCCAACAUCAUCAGUACGUAUUUUGGCAGUGAUGAUGUCCGUAUCUCUUUGCAGAAACUUCCACUUUCACUCCUUGUGUCAUCUAUUUUCCCAUGUAGUCUAAAAAGUGUUUUAAUAUUGUGUAAUUCAAAUUCAAAUUUCUGCUUUCACUGAUUUAAAACUUAAUCCAAGCUGAGGUGACUUAAUGGAAUUGGCUCGAUAACUUUCUUUUCAUCUUGAGUUCAGGAUUUUUCCUCUAUCUUAACAUGCAUCAACAAUUUCAGACAACUGAGGAAAAGGGUGUAGGAAAUGCUUUCAGUUUGAAAGAGCCACAAAGUCUGACUCAGGCCAUCGUAGAUCAGAGGAAAGAAUCCGUCCACAGCAGGACUUUUACAAUCCUGAGAUUUAUGUCCUAUGAGGAACCAGUAUUCUUUCACUUAAGUUCCAUUAUCAUUCACUGUUUACUUGUGUUUUCAUUUUGUUUGGUUUAUUUUAGCCAUCAAAGCCAUUUAGUUAGGUUUCGGAAAAUAGCUGUUAACACAACAUGUUUGAAGCUUCUCCUUCAUUUUCUGUGUCACCAUAGUAGCUCAGAUUCCCACCACAGUCGAAAUAUAACUGGCUGGCUGAAAAGAAGCGACUGUACGACGACACAUCAAAUGCCAAAGAUGUGUUCAUUUGUGAUUCACCACAAACGAUUCCAGGAGAAUUACAUAAAUGAGAAUGCAGUUUAGUUGCUUUUUAGAAGACAGAACCGCUAUACGAGACACAUUUAAUGGCUUUCCUCAGGUUUAGUUGACUUAUGUUACUACAUUUCACUGCAGUAACUUAAUAAAGAUCUAUUGUUUAUUUGUUCAUUAUCGUUUAGCAAAUACUCUUGGCUAAGCUGACUAAAGAGAACUUGUGGUCAGUUAUCGCCAGCAUUAAUACGACUGAAGAAGGCUAAUAAUAAAAAAAUCCAAGCAUCUCAGUACACAGGAAUGCCAGGAAAAAGUCAAGAUCCUGUUGAGUUUUUGUUAAAGGAAGCAAAGGCAACUGAAUGCUAGUAGAUACGCCACUUUUAUACACAUUUUAUACGCUAACAUCCACCAUUCUGGUUACACUUUUAAUGUUCAGUCAUAUAAUGGAUCUGUGGAAGCUUUAAUCCACUCUGUGCACUUUUUCCCCACUGUCUGCUGUUUGGAAUGUACAGUUUCUUUUCACCACCAUCACAGAGGUCAUGAAUCUGCUCAAAGCCCAGCAGAAACAUGUGAUUGGUGAUCUGUGCUAAAGGGACAGUUGUGAGUUUAGUCUUUGAUUUAUGGCAUCAAACUGGGUCAGUGGUUAGACUGUGAUACACACAGGAAGGAGGGAAGAUGACACAAAGGUGAUGAAAUGGGGGGGAAACUUUCAGCACAUAUGCCUUUAAGCACUUAUUUCUGUCACAACAAGAGGAAAAAAAUGUUGAAAUGUCUUCAGCCUACUUUUAAAAUUGAUUAACAUACAUUAUUUGUAUAUUUUUAACCUUUAACGUUGCACAUAUUCAGUCAAAUGUCCCUCCAAAGUGCCAAACUUUUCCCUUAACAUAUCAAAUGACU